UGGUGACUUCGACCUGCUCUCUAACCAUCACUGCGAUGACCUCUGUGGAGGGCAUCCCAGCCUGUUUGCUUGCAGCACCGACGGUGACCCAACCGCUCCACCUGGAAGGGGACCCGGCUCUGGCGACAGAGAUUCUGCCAGGGCCCCCGCCGCUGCCCUCCGUCCAGCAGCUCGGACAACUAAAAAAGGACCACAAAAAGACAUCCGUCGUGACGUCCUAUUUACCUACGUCUGACCCCGGGACCACAUACGGGGCCAAUACGGUGAGCACCAUGGCUAUCACGACCGAGGUCGACGGGUCCCGGAGGAAACGAGCGAGACUGGAUAAAGGGUCCUCAUCUUCGCGAGCGCAGCGUGCAUCAGCUCGCAGCAUGGCUGUUACGGCGUCAACGUCGGCGGCGGCGUCGGAGACCAGUGUGCCAGCGGAUGCCGUCGCUUCUUCUGCAACCCUCAUCCCCGAGUCAGAUCUCAUGCAAGUCGAUUCAGACGAUGCCAUGCUGUCACGCUCAAACUCUGUUCAGCUUGGCGACGAAGAAGUUUCAUCGGCCAGGAGAGGCUCGUUGCGACGGGAUAUCAAAGGAAAGGGGAGGGAAAGGGCGGCGCAAGUGAGGGUGAAGGAGGAGCCCGAGACCAUCUCUCUUAGUGCUUACGACGCUCAGGCCCCGAGUCAGACCUCGAACGAAGACCAUUGUUCUGCGUGUCGUUCUCUGGGCUCCCUUGUAUAUUGCGAUGGCUGUCCAAGAGCGUACCACUUCUGGUGCCUCAAUCCACCGAUGGAUGUGACGGAUCUGCCAGCUGGAGACGCCAAGUGGCUUUGCCCAGCGUGUAUGCUUAAACAGAAACCGCCGACGAAACCAACAGCAUCGCUCAAAUUCAUGGCCCCUCUGAUAGAUCAGCUACAAACAAGCUUACCGGGCGAGUUUCAGUUGCCCCAGGAUAUUAGGAGCUUUUUCAAGGACGUUUCCACAGGUCCCAAAGGGACGUAUGUCGAUAGUUCCGAGGUCAAGGUUCCUAGACUAAAUCGGCAUGGUCAACUCGAGGAUCGCGAGCCUUACAGACUGAAGGAUCGCAACGGCGAUCCAGUCCUUUGCUAUCGCUGUGGUGCCUCUGCUCUUCCUCCCGACCUAGCCGCUGCGGGUCCUGCAACCAAGCGAGCGAGGAGGGCGGCCAGCGCGUGUAGCACCGCGCAGGAUGCUGCUGGCGGACGGAGCAUCAUCUCAUGUGACUACUGUCACCUCCACUGGCACCUGGACUGCCUCGAUCCUCCGAUGACCUACAUGCCUCUUUGGAACAAGCGGUGGAUGUGUCCGAACCAUGCUGACCAGAUUUUGCAACCCAAAAAGCGAAUACCCAAGAAUAAUGCUCCCCCGAUAGAAGUCAUGAAGCCUGGCCAAUUCAACAACGGUAACAUCGAAGUCACCCAGCCAGAAACACCUAACGCUCCACCACCGAAACUGAUUGUUGACGAGGUCCUGAUUAACGGUCGCCGGUACCGAGUUCCAGAAAGAGUCAUCACCAUGGACUUUUGGAGUAAGACCGGAAAGGGGAGACCGCAUCUUCAAGACGAGUGUCCCCCUCACAGUGCUCUAUCGUCCCCGCUUACAUCGUUGAGUUCCGUUGGCCCUAUGGACGACGAUGAUAUCGAGGAUAUCGCCCUUAAAGUGGACCCUCAAGAUAACAAGAUGCAGUUUGACCUGGACCAGCUCAAGGCUGCCCUAGCACUUUGCGGAUUGCAGCAGAUUCCGGCGAAAGGCGGAUCGUCUCAGCCUCUCCUUCCGGCACCUGCUGGUAACUCAACGAAAGCAGAACAUACGAAGAAUAAAGCCUCGAAGCCGACGGCAGCUCGGACAAGUGGUACCAUUACGGAGAUCGCAGGUGACAGUGCCGCUUCUGGUAAUCUGCAACCCGAAUUGCGCCGUUCAGGACGGGCUAGUACCACGAGACGUCUACGACCGUGGAAUCACACAGAAACGUCGGUGGACGGCACAGAUGAUCUAUCUGAGGACUCGCGAGAGUACUUGCCAGCACAGAUUGAAGCUGCUCGCAGGCCAAAAAGGGAUUACAACGGCAAGUUCACUAGGAAGGCCGAACGCAAAGGUGCCAAGUCGAGUAAAGCUGCUACUUCGACGACUCCUUCGUCCGCACAACCAGGUCCUCCCUCUGUCGCACCUGAACCACCUGCUCAAUCAGAGACUGCUCCCGAGUCUGGUUCGGCAGCCAAUGGUAUCUCAAGGCCGAAGCGUAAUAGGCAACCGCCACGUAGGUUAGAUUCGCCCAUGAUCACCACACCUGCUCUGCCGCCGCCACCACCUGCUCCAGCUGUCACUCCGCCGGCAGCCAAGAUAACCCCUCCGCCACCGACGAAACAGACCACACCCAUGAACGAGCCUUCCCCACAUAUCAACGGUGUCGUGCAUAGCCAACGUCUCGCUCUCAGCGUGCCGGCUCCAACUUCCUUGCACCCGUCGCUGCGGAGCUAUAAGUCGACUCCGCCUACUCCUGUCGAACCUCCGAAGAAAGAGAAGUCUGCAUCGGUGGCCCCCGUCGCCAAGCCGAUGACUCCCAAGGCUGCUCUACCUUCUGUCACCAAGGAGACCACCACUCCGUCAUCUGGUCUGAAGAUUCGACUUCCUCGUAUGACUGCCAUCAUGUCACCUACGGUCAAGACAGAACCUCCAGCUGAGCCAGGGGAGAGCGUGUCUUCACGAUCAAAGACUCAGUUGCAGAGCUCUUCUGGCUCUCGUCCGCGUCGUUCGUUGCGCCGUGGGACCUCCGUCGCGACGUCUAUCACUGGCACAUCACCGUCGACCCCGCCAUCUCCGAAGGCUGUCUUGAGCAGCGUUGCAUGAUGUAGACAUGCCGACCCCCCUCGCUCGUUUUUCACGACAGCUCCUUUCAGGACUUUUACUCGCGCAUGUUGUUUUAAAGUCACUUAUAGC